AUGGAAUGGAAGGGGACGGGAAAGAAACUGGUGAACGGUGCGAAUAAGAAAACGACCGGGGCCCGCGAGUGGCAAGCCAGCAAGCUGAACACCGGGGGGAUUCAGGGAAAUCCAGUCACCCUGCAUGAGGCAGCCGCGUCUUCUACCCGGCGCCCACUUCGCUGCGUUCGGACGCGGAUUUCGGUGAUGGAGUGUGUCUUGAAUUUAGACAUGAUCCUGUUCUUGAAGCAAGCAAAUAGAGUGAGAAAAAUUGCUACGAGGCUGGAGAUCCUACAGCCUCCGCUUCCGGCGUUCCCGUCCUCGGAUAAUGCGUUUGUAUCGCGGGGCAGCCGACCCAUGACGCUGAAUGACGUUGAGCACGGCGGCGGGAACCCGGGGUUUUGGCAAAACUCCAUGCGAAUGCCCAGCACGCCGAGCCCGCGGCUGCCCACGCCGGGGCCAGCUAGCAUGCCUUCGAUGCCCCCCGGAGGACCCACGACCCCUGGUACCCCCGGGGUCCCCGGUGGCCCUCUGACCCCUCAGCCCCAUUCGUCCCCGUCUCCGGGUUACUUUGGCGGUCCUCCGCCGAUGAACACGAGUCUCGGCCCGAUGUCUGGCGGCGGUCCGAUGCCCAUGGGCGGCCCGAUGCAGAUGUCCGGGCCGCCGCAGUACAUGCAUCAGGGUCCGAUGCCGCCACAUCCGAUGCAACAUCACCCCGGUGGGAUGAUGGGGCCUGGGGGCGGUGGUCCGAUGCACCACCAGCAGAUGGGGCCGGGUACACCCGGUCCUCCGACGCCGAUGGGGCAUCAUCCUGGCCAGAGUCCCGGGCAUGGGCCAAGUCCGAGGCCCAUGGGGCAUCCCAUGGGUCCCAUGUCGGCAGGGUCGCCCGUGGGCCCACCGCAUCCGAAUAUGCCGCCGAACAUGGGGCCGAAUAUGGGGCCUCAGAUGGGCAUGCAUGGGCCUUAUCCGCCGCCUCAAAGGAGACACGCACCGCUGUUUGGACAACCUGACUACCGGAUAUUCGAGCUUAAUAAACGGUUACAACAGCGAUCCGAAGAUAUGGAUACUAGUAGUUUAUGGUGGGAUGCAUUCGCCACGGAAUUUUUCGAAGACGAGGCGACUCUCACGCUCACAUUCUGCCUUGAAGAUGGACCAAAACGUUAUACUAUCGGAAGAACUCUGAUCCCGCGCUACUUCCGGAGUCUGUUUGAAGGCGGCGUGACGGACGUGUACUUCCACCUGCGGCAUCCGAAGGAGUCGUUCCACAACCCGACCAUUACCCUAGACUGUGAUCAGUGCACCAUGGUGUCCCAUCACGGGAAACCUUUGUUCACGAAAUGUAAUGCGUCUCAGAGUGAUCGCUACAGAAAAGCCCAAUGUCCCCGGGAUUUGAAUCAAGCGUCGAUCGGAUUAAUGCUGGUUUUCAUGGGAAUUUCUCGAGUUUUCGGCGCGUCUAUGCCAACGGAUCGCGUCCGUGGGUACCUGGGUUAUCUGGGAUCGCGUUCGUCGGGUCCCGCAUCGAGCAAACAGCGCGGAAUCGAUGUCAUCCGUGGGAUUUUCCUCAAGCAAAGAAGCGAGGGGGAAAUGCAACAACAAAAAAACCGGCGUUUCGUGUUUGUGUCUCACGACGACGAGUGA